CUUAACUACCGCCCAUACAAAAUAAGAGAUAAAGAAAAACAUUUCAUUUUGCGCUCUAAAAUCAUAUCCUGUUUGAGCACUCCAAUUCUUCGCCGGUGAAGUUAACAAGCCAUCGAAGUUUCGAUCUGUACCAAUGGCGGAGGCUGCUGUAACGUUUGUAUUGGGCCAACUCUCAGUGCUGAUCCGUGAAGAGUACUCGUUCUUGGGAGGGAUUAGAGAUGAUGCGCAAGAUGUGGAGAAUGCUUUCCAUCGUUUGACGGCGGUUUUGAGAGUUGCGGACGAGAGGGAAGAAAUUGAUCCUCAAGUUCAAGCAUGGGUGAAGAUAAUCCGGGAGCUGGUUUAUGACACUGAAGAUGUUCUUGACGAAUUCCAGUUCCGCUUUGGAGGUAGCCAGACCAAUGGAGGGUUGCACAAUAGGAUCAAGAACAAAUACACUUCCGUCAAGAACUUGAGAGCUCGGCGAAGGCUUGCUCGUGAACUGCGAAGGAUCAAGGCCAGAGUCAACAACAUCUCUCAGGAACAGCCAAGGUUGUUGUUAACAACCUCUGAUCACACUAUCCACAACAGCAACAAAAGGGUGUAUGAUGGCCGAAGGGAUGCCCUUUUGCUAAAAGACUCGGAUCUGGUAGGUAUUGACAAUCCAAAGUUGUCUCUUGUUAAUUGCCUACUUGCUGUAGAUAAAGAUUUGAGAGUCCAUUCGGUAGUGGGUAUGGGGGGAUUGGGGAAAACUACCUUGGUUAAAAAGGUUUUUGAUGAUGCACGAGUUGCAAAUCACUUUCAGCGUCGUGUGUGGCUUACAAUUUCUGAAACUUUUAACGUUGAUGAGUUGUUAAAAGAUGCAAUUCGGCAGAUAAUAAAGCAAACCAAUGAACAGCCUCCUCAAGAUUUUGAAGCCCUGGACACUGAUAAAUUGAAAGAAUUCAUCAAUAACAUUCUUUCAGGCCAAAGAUAUAUCAUCGUUUUAGAUGACAUAUGGGACGUUGAUGCUUGGAUGGCAUUCAAACCCGUUUUCCCCGGUCACAGUUUUGGUAGCUGUAUAGUUAUCACAACGCGGAAUAACGAAAUAGGUGUCUUUGCAAGCCAUGACAAAGUCUACUCUUUAGAGCCUUUGUCAGAUAAAGAUUCAUGGGCUUUGUUUUGCAGAAAGACAUUCUUAGGUGAUUCGUGCCCUCAACACUUGGUGAACAUUUCUAAAACUAUCUUAAAGAGAUGUGGUGGUCUACCACUAGCAAUUGUGGUGAUAGCUGGGGUUUUGGCUACAAAGAGUGAGAGCAUUGAAGAAUGGGAAAGAUUCCAGCGCAACCUCAAUAACCAAUUAGAGAGCAAUGAUGGUGGGAUGAAGAACAUGAAGAAUCUACUUUCCCUCAGUUACUAUGAUCUACCAUAUUAUCUCAAGUAUUGUUUCUUGUACUUGAGCAUCUUUCCUGAGGAUGUCAUCAUUGAGAAAAUGAGAGUGAUUCGACUAUGGAUUGCAGAAGGAUUUGUUAGGGAGAACAACCAUCAAGAAAAAGAAGAAGUUGGUGAAGUCUAUCUCAAUGGAUUACUUCAUCGAAACUUAAUUCAAAUUGUAGAGAAGACUCGAAAUGGAAAGAUGAAGGCAUUUCGAGUGCACGACAUUUUACGAGAAUUUAUUCUUUCCAAGUCAAAAGAGCAAAACUUUACAAUCAUAAUUGCAACUGGGCAAAACACAGAACCUUCCGCCAAGUUCCGACGCCUAGCAGUCCAUAGGUUAUUAGAUCACAACAUUCUGAAGUGCGCUUCAUCAAAAAUGCAUCUUCGGUCUUUACAAUUCUUUGAACCACUUUCAAGCUCUACAAUGUCAUCUUCGUUACCAAAGAUGUUUACUGCCAAAUAUAUUCCUUUAAAGGUAUUGGAUUUAAGGGGUGCUGAACUAGAGGAAAUACCAACAGAGGUUUUUAAUUUGUUUCAAUUGAAGUACUUGAGUUUGAGAAGAACAAAGUUGAAAAGCGUUUCUAAGGCUAUAGGACGUCUUCAAAACUUAGAAACACUUGAUUUGAAGCACACUGAUGUUAUUGAGUUGCCAGCUGAGCUCUUAAAACUUUGUAAACUUCGGCAUCUCCUUGUAUACCAUUACCAAGAUAGGUGGAUUAAUCCUUGGAUUAGUACACAAAGCUUUAAUGCUCCAUUUGAGAUUGGAGGAUUAGUGUCUUUACAAAAGUUGUGUAUUAUACAAGCAAAUGAUACACUUGGCAUCAAAACAGUGUCUGAGAUAGGAAAGCUAACACAACUAAGAAGACUAGCGGUUUCAAAGAUGAGACAAGAAGAUGGCAAAGAAUUUUGUUUGUCUUUGGGAAAGUUGACAAACCUUUGCUCUUUAUCUCUUACAUCAACUUCAGAAGAUGAGGUCCUUGAUAUCCAACAUCCUCUACAUGUUCCUCUUGGUCUUCAAAGAUUAUAUUUGAAAGGGCCUCUGGAGAUGGUACCUCAAUGGUUGUCCUUACUUGUAGGCUUAACCUGUUUAGAGUUUGGAUGGUGUAGACUUCGUGAAGAUUCACUAUUGUUUAUUGAAGAUCUGCCCAUGUUAGCACAUCUAAAACUAUUGGCAAAGUCUUAUGAAGGGGAAGGGUUGUGCUUCAAGGCCAAAAAGUUCUCAAAGCUCAAGUCUUUGAUUAUCUAUAAGUUGGAGGCAUUGAAAUGGAUAAGAAUGGAGGAAGGUACAUUAGAUCAUCUGGAAGAGUUUGAUUUGGGAGAAUGCAGUUUGGUUGAGGAGAUGCCGAUGGGUAUUGAACAUUUGUCCGAUCUUAAGGUAAUUACUAUCUAUGACUUGGCUGACAAAUUCAAUGCAAAUUUAGUCUCAAAAUGCAAACGAAGUGAAGUAUAUGCAAAGAUAUCUCACAUUCCAGAAAUUAACAUUUCCCAUAAAAUAGAUGGCAAGCGGAAGUUUUUCUUUUAAUUUAAUGGCGGGUGGUCACGAGAUUUAGUAUGUGCGUGCUGUAUAUAUCUGAAUACUUUGUGAUUUUAAUUUAGUUGUUUUUCAGAGUAUUAAAUUAAAACUUUUGAUUGUAAUAUAUAUUAAUUGAUGGUAGCUAGAUUAUCAUAUGAUUGUAUUGUAUUGUCUAAUAUGGCACUUUGAUGACCUCUAAUACUCUAUGAAAGUGUUCAUCACCAAAGAUUUA